AUGGUGCCAGCCAUCGAAGAAAGCUCCAUCCAUCAGCCUGACCAGCAACCGUUCCUAAUAGUUUCACAAGCAGAGGCGUUUCUCCAAUUUGUCUAUACUAUAGAAACCCUUUCGAUAAACGAAUCUGUGGUGCUGUACUGGUUAGUCAGGAGUGAAAAAGACGCCAGCCAGUUCGAGCCACCGCACGCUAACACUAGGCAACCGCUAUACCUGUUUUACAACAGCAUACCUGAAGAUCUGCAUCGUCAUCCAGCCGCUGCUUGGCUAUCGUUUCUGGGCGUUGGGCAGACGCGAAAGAAGUGGGAGCCAAAGGACGGAAAUUCCAGGUGCUUAUUUGGAAUUAUGGGGUGCAGCGUCUUACAGAAGCCUAGAGAUCGGUCUGUCGAGAUUAAAAAAGAGCCUCGGCUGGCGAGUGACGAGUAUGUCCGCGUAUCCGGCAAUUGA